AUGGGGAAGAAAGCCUCGCUACAGCAGUUUCCUGUGAUGCCGCCGCGGCUGGCGCACCCAGACGCGCUGGCGGUGGUCGACUUCGCUGUCAACGGGGUGGUCGUGUGUCUGCACCUCGCGUCGCGGUGCCUGCCGUGCGCGUACACGGUCGCGUUACCGGUGGAGGCGGUGUGUGCCAACACGCGGCGCUAUAACGGCUUCACGGAGCUGCGUUUCUGCGUGGAUGUGCGGCAGCGCAGCGCGCGCUGUCGUGGCCUGUUCCUGGCGCUGCGCCUCCCAUGGGGGACAGUGCACUACCUUGGCCCACUGACGCACAACGCCCCCGUGUCGUCGGGGCGCUUUGUGCGCGAGGUACCGUCGGCGGUGACGCUCGUAGUGGACGUGGACUGGUGCGCGCCGGUAGAGGUGGGUGCGCCGCUGCCGUGCGAGAUGCUACUGAAGGAGCAUGUGCGGACGGUCAUCGAGAACGACGAGUUCUGCGGUUCCAUCGCUGCGGCGCACGUGCAGAAUCUCGUGCGUGACUUGCCCUUCUACGACGCGGCGAUGCAGCGCUUCCGCAACUGGUCGGAAUACGUCACUUUCUUUGCGGAGUGCUACCGUUGCUGGAAGGUUGUUCAGUAUGAGCCGGAGGAGCACGCGGCGCGGGGGCUGAGCAGCCGCACGCCGGCGGGGGAGCAGCGCAUGGUUGCCAAUUGUUACGCUGGCGACUACGCCCGAGCGGACGCGCACCGCGACCGUGUGAAGCGGCGGGCGCUGCAGGAGUUCCGCGACUGCUUGGCGGCGCGGGGUGUAGAACUGAGCUGGUCGCCGGGAAAGGACGGCAAGGUGGAGCCAUCCUUCAACCUCUCACGCAAGCUGCUGCUCAGGCUGGGGUGUGAGAGAAGCUUUCGUACACUGAACAGCGUCAACUACCUGCACGUGCUGGAGGAGCUGCGAGCGUCGCACAUGGUACUGUUCUCCGAACUCCAUCCCGUGCAGGUGGACGAAGCCGUGUCGACGGACACGUCGCUGGAUCUGCUACUGCGACGAACACCCGCCGCCAAGCAGCCCCUCUCUCCGAUGCAGGCUUGA